AUGACGGGGCUGCCCAGUGGCCUGGAGAAGCAGCGCCCGGAGCGAUUCGUGCUGGGGCUGGACGUGGGCAGUUCUGUGAUCCGCUGCCACGUCUAUGACCGGACGAUGCGGGUCCGCGGCUCCAGCGAGCAGAAGGUGGAAAGUCUGUAUCCUCAGCCUGGCUGGGUUGAAAUUGACCCUGAUGCCCUCUGGACUCAGUUUGUUGCUGUGGUAAAAGGCGCUGUCAAAGCUGCAGGAGCACAGAUGAGUCAAAUUGUUGGCCUUGGCAUAUCAACGCAGAGAGCAACUUUUAUUACGUGGAACAAGAGAACGGGAAAUCAUUUUCACAACUUCAUUAGCUGGCAAGAUCUAAGAGCCACUGAACUUGUGAAAUCUUUGAAUAAUUCCUUUCUAAUGAAGCUUUUACACAGCUCCUGCAGAGCGCUUCACUUUUUCAGUAGAAGUCAACGGAUGUUAGCAGCCAGUCGCUUCGCUUUCACCACCCAGCAAGCUUCUCUGAGACUGUUCUGGAUUUUACAGAACGUGGCCGAAGUGCAGAAGGCAGUUGAAGAAGACAAUUGUCGCUUUGGGACAGUUGACACCUGGUUGCUGCAUAAACUCACAAAAGGUUCUGCAUACGCCACAGACUUUUCCAACGCCAGUACAACCGGAUUUUUUGACCCCUAUAAGCUGUGCUGGAGUGGCCUCAUCACCUUCCUGGCUUCCAUUCCUCUCUCCAUCCUGCCGCCCGUGAAGGACACCAGCCACCAUUUUGGGUCAGUGGAUGAAGAGGUAUUUGGUGCGCCUAUACCGAUAGUUGCCUUGGUCGGUGACCAGCAGUCGGCCAUGUUUGGAGAGUGCUGCUUCCAGAGGGGAGACGUGAAACUCACCAUGGGGACGGGGACCUUUCUGGAUAUCAACACUGGGAAUGACCCUCAACACACCGUGGGAGGCUUUUAUCCAUUAAUUGGGUGGAAGAUUGGGCCGGAAGUUGUGUGCCUGGCUGAAGGCAAUGCAGGAGACACUGGCACUGCCAUACAGUGGGCCCAGCAGCUGGAUCUUUUCACAGAUGCUGCAGAGACGGAAAAAAUGGCCAAAAGUCUGGAAGAUUCUGAAGGAGUUUAUUUUGUUCCAUCUUUUAAUGGAUUACAGGCUCCCUUGAAUGACCCCUGUGCCUGUGCCUCUUUCAUGGGUUUGAAGCCUUCCACCAGCAAAUACCAUCUCGUCCGAGCCAUCCUGGAGUCCAUGGCCUUCAGAAACAAGCAGUUGUACGAGCUCAUGCAGAAAGAGAUCCGUAUUCCUGUCACAAGCAUCCGGGCAGAUGGAGGAGUCUGUAAGAAUGGCUUCGUCAUGCAAAUGACAUCAGACUUGAUCGAUCAGAAGAUAGACAGGCCCGCCCACUUUGACAUGUCCUGCCUAGGAGCAGCUUCUCUGGCUGGCCUUGCUCUUGGGUUUUGGAGUGACAAGGAAGAGCUACAGAAGCUGAGGCAAAGCGAGGUGGUUUUCAAGCCACAGAGGCACUGGCAAGAGUACGAACUGAGUAUGGAGAACUGGGUGAAAGCGGUGAAGCGCUCCAUGCACUGGUAUAACAAGGCCUAGCUCCGCUCCAUGCCACACCAUGCCACACCAUGCCACGCCACACCACACCAUGCCCGCACCCUCCAUGGCUGCCCAGGAGCCUGCAGGCCUCCCCGAGGCCAGCCCAGCUGACAGGCAAUCCGGGGAGUGUUACCAUCCCAGAGAAACAGUGGCUGCUCUUUCAAAAAACUAACAACAAGAAACUUACUUUUAAAUCCAAAUCUUGGUAAAAUUUUAAGGCAGAAUAACUCACAACUUUGUCUUCUGUUUUCUAGCAAAUUCUAAGGACCCUAGCCAUUUACAGCUGUAUUUUCACAGUGGCGGUUCUCUUUUUAUCCGGGGUCAGUGACUCAGAGAACAUAAUUGUUCAUCCUCUAAAAACUUAUUUCUGGGUGAAGCACGAAUCACGUUUUGUUUCAAAAGUAUGUGUUGCUUUAAUUCUUU